UGAUCAUAAAAUGCUUGCUAGAAAUCUCUUAAAAAGUACCCACCUCAGUUGCUUCAAGAUGCUGUCAACCCCAGUUAGCAUGAGGUUUAUUUCCAAUCCGAUAGACAUGGAGAAACGUAAAAAGGAGAAGCAAGAUAAGGCUUUCCAAGAUGAUAUUAAAUAUUUCCUGAGCAAGGAUAAUUUCACUCUUCACGAUUUCCAUGAGAAGGUAAGACUUGGCCUCAAGGACAAAUCAACCAUCUCAACUAUGAUGUAUGGAGAAGACCCUGAGAUCAAGGUUUUGGAGGGCCAGAAUAAGGUCCUUAGUGCAAUGUAUGAUGAAGAGAAAAGAGACACCUCUCUUCUUACAAAGACCAAGAAGAAGGAGAUUUGUGAAGCUGCUCAGGUAGAAUUAGCUGAUAUAAAAGAUGUUCUAACAAAGCACAAGCAAAUGAACGGUUUUCACAAAUUCCUGCUCAAAAGAAGAGAAAGAGGAGAACCUAUGCCUGAGAACAAUGAUGAGUUGACUGACAUCUACAGAUAUGAGAAGCCUUCCUUCUUAAUGCCUGAGAGCAAAAAUGAGAAGUAUUCUAAAAAGCAGAGGGUGAGAUUUAACUAUAGGAGACUUACUUAA